AUGUUACAGCAGUUUUGUCUCUGGAAAUGGUUAGCUGUAGGGACUGCAGUUGCUACUAUCUUGGCAGGUUGUUUGGCCCAGAAUGAUGAAGACUGGCAAUAUGAGGAUUGCAAAUUGGCCAGGACAGGUCCUCCAGCCACAAUAGUUCCUAUUGAUGAAGAAAGUCGGAACGGCACUAUCCUGGUGGACAACAUGCUGAUCAAAGGCACAGCAGGAGGGCCAGACCCCACCAUUGAACUUUCCUUAAAGGACAACUUGGAUUACUGGGUGAUCCUGGAUCCCAUCAGCCAGCGGUUAUACCUCAAUAGCACUGGCCGAGUUCUGGACAGAGAUCCACCGAUGUCCAUUCAGUCCAUCGUGGUGCAGGUGCAGUGUGUUAACAAGAAGGUUGGCACUAUCAUCAACCAUGAGGUGCGGAUCGUGGUGAGGGACAGGAACGACAACUCACCUCAGUUCCAGCAGCAGCGAUACCACGUGGCAGUGAACGAGUUAACUCCUGUUGGAACAACCAUCUUUACAGGGUUCUCUGGGAACAAUGGUGCUAUUGACAUAGAUGAUGGUCCAAACGGCCAGAUAGAAUAUGUCAUCCAAUACAAUCCCAAUGACAAGGCUUCCAACAGGACCUUUGAUAUUCCUCUCACACUGUCUGGAGCAGUAGUUCUACGGGAGAGACUGAAUUAUGAAGAAAAGACACGUUACUUUGUCAUUGUCCAAGCAAAUGACAGAGCCCAGAACCUUCAUGAGCGAAGGACGAGUACAACCACCCUGACAGUAGAUGUGCUUGAUGGGGAUGAUUUGGGACCAAUGUUUCUUCCUUGUGUCUUGGUGAGCAACACUCGUGACUGCAGACCUCUCACCUACCAAGCCAGCCUGCCUGAACUGACUGAUCCUGCACGUGUGAAUCCCAUCAGUGUCACUCCACCCAUACAAGCCAUAGAUCAGGACCGAAACAUCCAGCCUCCUUCUGAUCGACCGGGCAUCCUCUAUUCCAUCCUAGUUGGUACUCCUGAGGAUUAUCCACAGUAUUUCCACAUGAAUCUCACAACAGCUGAACUCACGCUCCUAAAGCCAAUAAAUAGGGAUAUACACCAGAAGUUUGACUUGGUCAUUAAGGCUGAACAGGACAACGGCCACCCUCUUCCUGCCUUUGCCAACCUGCAUAUUGAAAUCCUGGAUGAGAACAAUCAGAAACCUUUCUUCACAAGAGCCACCUACGAGGGCUUCAUCCUGGAAUCCUCCCCAGUGGGAACAACCAUCUCAGACAACCGGAAUCUCACUUCUCCCCUACAGAUUGUGGUGUUGGACAACGAUGUGGAGGAGACCAAGGAUCCCCAGCUUCAUCUCUUUCUGAACGAUUACAACACGUUUUUCACUGUGACUCCCAGUGGCAUCACCCGCUACCUCACCCUGCUGCAGCCUGUGGACAGGGAAGUCCAGCAGCUCUACACCUUCUCGAUGACAGCUUCUGAUGGUGUACAGGAGAGUGUUCCUGUGACAGUCAACAUCAUGGUGAUGGAUGCAAAUGAUAAUUCCCCAACCUUCUCCAAUAUAUCCUACAGUGUCAAGAUUUAUACAGAUAUGAUGCCUGGGGAAGGCGUUAUAAAGCUCACGGCUGUAGAUGCGGACGAGGGACCCAAUGGACAGAUAGUGUAUGAAAUUUUGGCUGGAGAUCAGGGAGACUUCACCAUCAAUGACCGAACAGGCCUUAUCAGCAUCGCUCCGGGGGUGGUGCUGGCAGUAGGGCGCUCCUACGCUCUCACUGUCAGGGCAUCUGAUAGUGCUCCUCCUGCGCAGAGAAGGAGCUCUAUUACUACUGUUUACAUUGAGGUACUUCCUCCCAACAACCAGAGCCCUCCCCGCUUUCCCCAGCUGAUGUACAGCCUUGAAGUCAGUGAGGCCAUGAGAACUGGAGCUGUUUUGUUAAACCUGCAGGCUUUUGAUAGAGAGGGUGACCCUAUAAGAUACCUCAUUCAGAAUGGAGAUCCUCAACAAGUUUUUAAUCUCUCUCAAAGUUCUGGACUGCUAGCCUUAGGAAAGCCCUUGGACAGAGAAAGCACUGAUCGCUAUAUUCUGAUUGUUACAGCCUCGGAUGGCAGACCAGAUGGGACCUCAACUGCUACUGUUAAUAUAGUGGUGACGGAUGUAAAUGACAACGGGCCAGUUUUUGAUAUGUUUCUACCUAAAAACCUCUCUGUACAGGAAGAGGAAGCCAAUGCCUUUGUUGGUCAAGUGAGGGCUACGGAUGCAGAUGCUGGUGUCAAUGGCCAAGUUCAUUACAGUCUGGCAAACUUCAACAACCUGUUCCGAAUCACGUCCAACGGUAGCAUUUAUACAGCAGUGAAGCUGAACAGAGAAGUGAGGGACUAUUAUGAGCUGAUUGUUGAAGCAACAGAUGGAGCUGUGGACCCCCGCCGUUCAACACUGACUUUAGCCAUCAAGGUGCUGGAUAUUGAUGACAACAGCCCUGUUUUUACUAACGCUUCCUACACUGUCACCGUGCCAGAAGACCUACCACUGGGCACUGUCUUCCUGCAAAUAGAGGCAAAAGAUGUGGAUCUUGGCGCUGACGUUAACUAUCGGAUACGGACCCAGGAAGCACGGGAGUAUUUUGCACUGAACAAGCACACGGGCGAGUUGUCACUUCUCAAGUCCUUGGAUUAUGAGUCAUUCUCUGAGACUGAAGCAACCUUCACCUUUCUUGUGGAAGCCUUCGACAGCAAGGGCACUAUGCCUCCUGGUCUGGCUACUGUCACAGUGAUAGUUAAGGAUAUGAAUGAUUAUGCUCCAGUAUUUAGCAAAAAGCUCUACAGGGGGAUGGUUGCUCCCAAUGCAGUCAAGGGCACUGUUAUCACCACCGUUUCAGCUGAGGAUCAAGAUCCUCCG